AUAAACAGAGCGCUGGAUCAGUUCAGCAGUUAGUCUGAGAAAGGACGCCACCGUCACCACAGAUGUUUCAGCCCAUCGCGGCGACUUAAGGUCAACUCUACAGAACUUCUCUAGGAUCAAUUUAAGCCUAGUCAGCUGGGGAUUUUAAGUGAACAGCUUGUUUUACUGUGAAAGACUGGAUGGGAAUCUCACACCGAUUCUGAAGGACGCCGCAAGAGCUGAAAGCUGAGAUUUGAUUCUUUGCUUCUGAUCUUACUGCACAGCGAACAACAUGCAUAUCCUGCAACCAUACUGCAUUAACAGGUGGCCUGAUGUGCCGAAGAGAAAGAGGAAAAACAGCCAGUGCUCUGUGAAAAGCAUGUCUGCUCUUAGUGUCUCUGUUCCAGGGUACAUCCCCAGCUACCUAGAGAAGGAUGAGCCAUGCGUGGUGUGCGGGGACAAGGCCACUGGAUACCACUACCGCUGUAUAACCUGCGAAGGCUGCAAGGGUUUCUUCCGCAGGACCAUCCAGAAAAAUCUCCAUCCUUCCUAUGCCUGUAAAUAUGAAGGCUGCUGCAUUAUUUAUAAGAUCACCCGCAACCAGUGCCAGCUCUGCAGAUUCAAGAAGUGCAUCUCUGUGGGCAUGGCCAUGGACUUGGUGCUCGAUGACAGCAAGCGUGUAGCCAAGCGGCGCCUCAUCGAAGAGAACCGAGAGCGGAGGAAGAGGGAAGAGAUGGUGCGGACCCUGCAGAUGAGGCCGGAGCCAGAUAGUGCGGAGUGGGAUCUAAUCAGGAUGGUGACAGAGGCCCACCGGCACACCAACGCCCAGGGCUCCAGCUGGAAACAGAAACGCAAGUUUCUGUCAGACGACAUCGGCCACGGUUCAAUGGUGCCCACUUCAGAUGGAGACAAAGUGGACCUUGAGGUCUUCAGUGAGUUCACGAAGAUCAUGACCCCCGCCAUCACCCGCGUUGUUGACUUUGCCAAGAAAUUGCCCAUGUUUUCAGAGCUGCCUUGUGAAGACCAGAUUAUCCUGCUGAAGGGGUGCUGCAUGGAGAUCAUGUCCUUGCGUGCCGCCGUGCGCUACGACCCUGAAAGCGAAACGCUGACGCUCAGUGGUGAGAUGGCCGUGAAACGUGAACAUCUGAAAAACGGCGGGCUGGGGGUUAUUUCGGACGCUAUAUUUGAUUUGGGUAAAAGCCUGGCACAGUUCAACUUGGAUGACUCGGAAGUGGCGCUGAUGCAAGCUGUGCUGCUCAUGAGCUCAGAUCGGUCAGGGCUGACCAGCGUGGAGAAGAUUGAGCGGUGCCAGGAGGCCUACCUGCUGGCGUUUGAACACUACAUCAACUACCGUAAGCACAACAUUCCCCACUUUUGGCCAAAGCUCCUGAUGAAGGUGACGGACCUGCGUAUGAUCGCCGCCUGCCACGCCAGCCGCUUCCUCCAUAUGAAGGUCGAGUGUCCAAACGAACUCUUCCCGCCACUCUUCUUGGAAGUCUUUGAGGACCAGGAAGUGUGACUUCGUACCCUGUGCUGAAAGUACACAUUUUGGCAGUUAAGGAAGCAUUGGCAAUCAGUGAAAGUCGUGGGAGAAACUGGAAUUUUUGUUUUCAUUUGUGAGAACGUGCCCUUUUAUUUUAUUUUGUUUAGUUUGUUUGCCCAUUUGUUGUCAAACAGAAGACAAUACCUUCUGCCACCAGCAAAUUUUCAUCAGCAUCAUGUAACAGAAACACAGACUUUUUCAACUUUGCAUCUUGGAAUGUGUAAACAUACACAUCUACAGAGGAUCAUUUUCAAAUACUUUAC